AUGGCUACUGUUACGGAGACACCCACUGACACCACCAAAUCGGAACACGCGAGCGAUGAAAUGGAGGUGACACAAAAGCGGAAAGUUUCGAUAGACUCCUUCGAUACGGCGGAAAAUUCAUCAAAGAGACCGAGAUUCGAUGAUGGCGAUCACGACGACCCGCCUGCGCAAUACUCGACGAAUACUAUGCCAGAUUCGAGGCCGCGCGAUGAAGAUUCGCGAGCCAGCACCGGCCGACGAGCGCCUCUGUCGAGAGAUGAAGAGAAGAAGCGGGGUAAGCGACUAUUUGGAGGUCUCCUGAGCACCCUCAGCCAGACCAACUCGAGCUCGCAGCACAAGAAGAGGCGGGAGAUCGAGCAACGGCAGCAGGAAAAGGCGCAGAAGCAAAGAGCAGAGGACGAGAAGAGAAGGGCGGAGAAGCUUGCGCGGAUCACCGAAGCUCGGUGGCAGGAGCAGAUCUUAUUCGAUGAGAAAGUUAUGAGAACCCGGCAUGCCAAUAUGCUUGCCAAGGCACAAUCCCUCCAAACAAAAGCAGGGCCUUCAAUUUACUACCGACCGUGGAAGCUCACCAAAGAACAAGAAGACGAGAUCGAUGACCAGAUACAAGACGCCAAGGACAGCAUUGCGAGAGAACUCGAGGCGUUCAGAGAUCGGAAAGAAGAACAUGAGAGACGCUACGGCCGAGCCAGGCCUCCGACGGCCCAGGAGCAGCCUGUGGCGAUGGUUACGGAACAGCCGUCAGAGGUUCCGUCAGAGGUUCCUGCUGAUGCUCCCGUAGCGGCCGACCAUACAAUCCCAUCGCCCGACAGAGAUAAACAUGAGAGGGAGACACACGACGAACCCGGUGAUGUCGUUGAAAACGACGAGGAUAUGGUUAUCUACUAA